AUGUCAACACUGGCCGGCAAGGUUGCUUUGAUCAGCGGCUCCUCGUCAGGAUUAGGCGCCGCCAUCGCCCGCGAGCUGUUCAGCCGCGGGGCAUCCGUGGUCAUCAACUAUCCCAAUCCAAGCGAGAAAGCCAACGCAGACAAGGUUCUCGAGAGCUUCGGCGUGCCCGGCAGAGCUGUCGCUGUAGAAGCAGACCUUUCAACGCCAGAGGGGCCGCGGGUGCUGGCUGACGCGGCGGCUGAGGCCUUUGGCAAGAUAGACAUCCUGGUCAACAGCGCCGGCAUCAAUCGUCCGACGUUUCUCGACGACCCUGAUGAUGCCAAGGUCGACAAGACGUGGCAUGAUACUGUCAACCUCAACGCCAGAGGCGUCUUCUUCUUAACCCGUGCCGUCCUCAAGCACAUCUCGCGCGAGAACUCGCGCAUCAUCAACAUCGGCAGCUCCGCAUCCCGCACCCCAGCACCGGAAUUGAGCAUAUAUGCAGGCGCCAAGGGGCUCGUCGAGGUCUACACCCAGUGCUGGGCGACAGAGCUGCCUCGUAAAUACGGAUGCACCGUCAACGCCGUGGCCCCUGGCCCUGUCGGCACAGAAGCCUUUUACGCUGCCCCCAGCUUCGUCAGAGAAGCACUACAGCCCAUGGUGGACGGUACACCCGUCGCUGCGCGCGUGGGUACGGCCGAGGAAAUUGCAUGGGCGGUUGCAACCUUGGCUGAGGAGAAGGCGGGCUGGAUCAACGGGGCGUAUAUACCCAUCAAUGGUGGAUCUAGCAUAUUUUAG